AUGUUUCGGAGCAGCUUCCGAGAAGGAUACUGGUCCCGCAGAUUCCAGAUGAAUUAUUCGCGGGCUUGGGUACUACGAGUCAGAAUAUUACAUCGUGCGUUUGCUCUAAUGCGGAUCACCAGGCGAUGGAGGUUUCCUGUGCUUGUCGGCGAAUGGUAUGUGCAGGUUGAAUUCGACAACACGCUGACGGAACAAGGGUAUGCUUUGAAUGCUGGUCUAUAUGCAUUUGCCGCUCAUACUUAUGGAAGCCCUUACUGGAAGGCCAAUUUUUUGGCAACGCCACUGUUGACGGUUUGGGUGUAA